ACAGAUAAGUUAUCAGCAGAGGUUUUCCCUAUUUGUUUGUAACCUGGUACUUGUUUGCUGUGAAUCUCUGAUGAGGCGACCUCACAGAAAUGUCAAAAGAUUCCAAAAGGAUAAAGUUAGUUGCGAAAACUGCGAAUCCUCUUUUUGAAAAAUGGAUGUUGGAAUUGAUAGAAAAUGCACUGGAGGAAGAAGAAGCAGAACAACUUCAAAAUGCACUCGAAUCUUUAAGAAAGUUUCCGAUCUUGUUGAAAAAUGGCUCAGAUUGUAUUAUUCUUGAGCACUUUGACAACAAUCUGUGCCGUCGAUUAGACGAAAAACUGCAAAUUUACAACACGGAGCUUCUGAAAGCACGUGUUGAAAAUUCAGAUAAAAAUGAAGAAUUUGAAUCACACCCGAAUAAAGAUGAAGAAUUGUCGGAUCAUCAUGUAGCUGUUUGCAAAAUACUUGUCACAUUGCUUGAUAAGGAGAUAGAUCCCACUUACAAAGGUUUUUUACGAAAAGCAGAAUUACAGACAGAAACCCAGCUUUCUAUGAAAAACCCUCAUACGCUUGGGUCGACUUCGCUAUCUACGCUCAUUUCAAAAGGUCUUGUGGAAAAUAAAAAUCACAAAUAUUCACUUUCUUCAUCAGGAAAACAGCUGGCCACCAAGCUUAAAGUUUCAAACAACAAAAGGAAAUUUUUAUUAUCGGAAUUUUACCAAUUUGAUGUUCAAGACAUUAUCGCUCCUAGCAGCCGAAGUAGAAAAGAAAAUAUUUCCAAUGUAGAUCAUGGUAAUCAAAAUGGCAAAGAAAUCGAUGAAAAAUUUACAUUUCUCCCAUAUACAUUUGAAAUAAUCCUUUUAGUAGACACAGCUGAAACUACAGGAAGUUCAAAAACAGACGACCCCACUACAACUUUGCUAAAGAAACACGGGGUCAAUUUUGAAGUUAGGCAUUUGAACGUAGGCGAUUACUUGUGGAUAGCAAGAGAUGAAAGUGGGAAAGAACUAGUUCUCCCUUACAUAGUCGAAAGAAAAAGAAAGGAUGAUUUAUCAUCCUCGAUCAAAGAUGGCAGAUUUCAUGAACAGAAAUUUCGGUUAAAACAUUGUGGUCUUAAAAAUAUAAUAUAUCUUGUUGAAGAUUAUAAAAUGAAUGGUGGUGGUUUGCCUGCCACGACACUUAUGCAAGCGGUUGUAAAUACAAUGGUCAUUGAGAAAUUUACUCUUAAGUUUACUAACAACCACAAAGAAUCAAUGUUGUAUCUUAAUUUUGCUACAGAUUUCAUUAUGAAUGAAUUCAAGGCAAAAACCUUAAAAUCGUGUACAAGGGAAGAAAUAGAAAAUGAAGAUUUGGAUCUUGGCGAUUCUUCUUGUUCACUUAUGCCUUUUAAGACGUUUUCAUCAGGGAUGUCAAAAAGAAGGAAUUAUACAGUCAAGGAAAUGUUUUUAAAACAACUAAUCCAACUUCAUGGCAUGUCGGUGGAUAAAGCAUUGGCCAUUGUCGACAUUUACCCGAAUCCCAAAUCUCUCAUUACGGCAUUUUUGUCAUCAGGACCGCUUCUUCUUGCAAAUAUUGAAUACGGGCUCUUAAACCGUAAAAUAGGACCCGUAAUAAGCAGAGUGCUUCACUCUUUUUACACGCUGAGGACUUUUCCCAGCUAACAGUUCCGUGAUCACAGAAGAUAAAUUUUGAAGUGAAGUGUGAUAAAAAUAGUAUUGGUUAAUGAUCGGAUUUAAUUAUGCCCCUGAUCAUCUAGGUCUACAUAUUCUCAUUGUAUUUGUAAUCAUGCCGGGAUGAUCAGGUUCAUUGUAAAAAACUGAUUGAAAAAACUUCAUAAAAAUGAUUUUUAAUGAUAUAUAAUUGCUCACAAAAGUGUCAAAUUAAUUGAAAAGUAAAAAUAUAUGUAAAAUAAAAUAUAUAUAAAUAAGAAAUCUUUUCUUGUCAACAAUUUCUAGCAUUUUUAAAAUAACAAUCUAUGAGCUUAUUUUAAAAAAAAAUCCU